AUGGUCUUCAGGAUGGGGGUUCCUAAUUUCUUCGAUCCAAACGAACGCUCGGACGGCAGUGGAAGGGUGUGCAUCCUAAACCCUAAACCCCCGAGAAGAGAGAAACCCAAGGGAGCAGCGCCUACCCGUGCAGCAGUGCGUCUAUUGUUCCCUGAGCUAAAACUCCUAGAGCGCUUCCUCGGGCCCCAUGGCUUCGAGCGCAUCACGCAGCUGCCUGAGAGAGAAGCAGAGUUCUUGCAAACCCUCGGGGCCUCUGCGGGCCGUUUGUCUUCACUAGCAACACGAUACAGCCUGCUGCGACAACUAAAAAAAAAAGAAAAAUGUUUAUUGAUGGGGGCUUUGGUGCCGCUGGAGGUGCUGCACCCUAGCGGCCAGCCCCUGAGCUGCCUAUACACCCGAAAGCAGAAGAGAAAGACAAGGAGAAGCAGCAGCAGACAGCCGCUGCUGCUGCACCAGCAGCACCAGCAGCAGCAGCAGCAGCAGAUGCUGCUGCUGCAGCAGCAGCAGCAGCAGCAGCAGCUCAUGCAACAAAUGCAUAUGCAGCACCAUAGAUACACCAAUAGACAACAACAGCAACAACAACAUAAACAACUGCAGCAGCAGCAGCAGCAGCAGCAGCAGCAGCAGCAGCAGCAGCAGGGUGGGCUUCGAUCUAAGAAAGUGCACAGGUCUACGGAGACAGCAGCAGCAGCAGCAGCAGCAACUGCUGCUGCUGCUGCUGCUGCUGCUACACCCAGCAGCAGCAGACGCGUGCAUAACAUUCUCUCCUUUUUUGCUGCUGCUUCACAUUCACGAGCAAGGCGGGGCCGGCACCGCCACCGGCGUCACCGGCGCAGCAGCAGCAGCAGCAGCAGCAGCAACAGCAGCAGCAACAGCAGCAGCAACAGCAGCAGCAACAGAAGCACACCUAUAGGAGCAAGCGACCCCUCCACGAUGCCUACAGCUGUCUCUGUCUGCGGCAGCGACAGCAGCAACUCUGACUGGGAUUCCUGCAGCACCAGCAGCAGCAGCGAAGAGCUGCUGCAGCAGCAGCAGCAGCAGCAACAGCCGCAGCAGCAGCAGCAGCAGCAGCAGCAAAAAGGUACAGAAGGACCAGUGGUCGCCUUCGCCAGAAUAGAUAGAGAUCUGCUGCUGGAGCAGGCAGCCUUUCUCUCGGGGAGAGUCUUCACAGCAGCAAGCGAGCAGCUAGAUAAGCUGCUGCUGCUGCAGCCGCAGCAGCAGCAGCAGCAGCAGCAGCAGCAGCAGCAGCAGCAGGUUGAGUUGCUGCAGAAAGUACAGCAGCAGCAGCAGCAGCAAGAGCUGCUGCUGCUGCAGGGGAGCCAUGUAUUGUGUUUAUUUGUUUUUAAUUUUUCUGCGGAUGUAAUCACAGACAAACGGCUGCUGCUGCAGCCCCUCGCCCCCUUCUUUCAGCGCCUUCCUCUCAGUGAACAGUAUGCUGCUGCUGCUGCUGCUGCUGCUGCUGUUUUUGGUGCUGCUGCUGCUGCGGCUGCUGCUGUGGGUGGGGAUGGGGUGGGGGCGGGGGGGUAG